GGUGGGCGAGGCCGCAGUGGCUGGUCUGUGUUCUCGCUGCAGCGGAGGAGACGCCUGGCUUGGUCUCCGUGUCGGUGGAGAUGUUCCUGUCAGAGGCAGGCGCAAGGCCGCAAGCAGGCGAAGCAAAUGCCUCAGAACGCAGGAAAUGGGUGAAAGUAUUUAAAGCAUGCGACGAACACAACAAAGGCUACCUAAGCCGAGAGGACUUUAAGGUUGCGAUUGUAAUGCUGUUUGGGUACAAACCCUCCAAGAUAGAAGCGGAUGCUGUGAUGUCUUCAGUAAACCCCAACACUUCUGGUGUUUCACUUGAGGGGUUUUUGAGUGCCGUAAAGAGAAAGAAGGAAGCGCGACUCUAUCGGAAUGAGAUAAGGCAAAUCUUCACAGCUUUCGACGUGCACUAUCGUGGAUUUUUAACUCUAGAAGAUUUCAAGAGGGCGUUUAGUCGAGUGGCUCCCAAGCUACCAGCGAGGACAGUGCUGGAGGUGUUCAGGGAGGCAGAUCAAGACUCAGAUGGUCACGUCAGCUUCCGAGACUUUGAAUACGCCAUGAACCAUGGGCAGUCAAAAUGAGCCGGGCACUUGUGAACUACUUGGACAGCUCGAUGGAUUGUAAUCUAGUUGAAGGUCUCACAGACCUCAAUCUAGGAAGGGUAUGAAACUGUGUACUUGUGAGUAAACUCUUAGUUAGAGCUUUUGAAUGCUGAUAUUGGACCUAGAGAUGGGAAUCUCCUGUGUGUGUCUCCAGCAGCCCUGAGUCAGGCUGCUAUUGCUGGCCCUGCCACCCAGUGGGUUUGGAGUUUUUCCCCCUCUCUGCUCUUGUCAGCUUUCUGUCCUCCAUCCUGUGGGUUGGAGGCUCUGCUAACUCCGCAUGGGUCCCUCACUCUUGUCAGCUCCGGGAAGAGUUAGCUUUGCUCUGCUAGCAGCGUCAUUGCCAUUUACUUGCUCCAUCUUGGCUGAACGUCAAGCUUACUGUGUCCAAGCAAUGAGCUAGUGCUAGGAAAACAAAGUCUCUGAGAUGAUGCGCCUGGGGUACAGAGAGGUGCGCAGGGCACCGGUGUACAAAGCCUAGGAGGAAGCAGCUCUGGCUAGGCCAUCAGCCAUUCUAUAUACAGAGAAGUCCAGGAUGCAACUGGGGUCUUAAUGGGCAGAAGGGUGUGGUCUUUGGUUCCCUUUAGGAUAGCCUGGACCUGAGCCUGGGCUUCUUUCUUCAGAGAAGCUAGCUAGAGAAGCUGGCCGGCAGCCCUCUGCCACACACUUCUGGUUCUAGGUAGUUCUGCCCUGUACCUGAAGCUCCAGCCAUCCUAGAGUUAGGAGUCUCCACUCCCUGCCAUGCCCCUGGGCGCCAGUGAUCACAUCAAGUCACAACAUACAGCUCAGCAUCUAUUAAAGAUAAUUCUGAAAUACCGACAUUGUCAUUGUAAGUGUUUCACAACAUUAACAUUUGUGGUAUAAUUAAUGCAAUUUAUGUUUUUAAAGUGUUAAACAUUAAACGAUCAAGUAGAAAUAUAAAUUUGUACAGCCAACAUUCAACAAGCUUCAUGCUCAUAUAAAUUAUUAGUAGAUAGCCUUAAGAAAAAUAAAGUUUGUAGCUAUGCUAAACCAGAGGAACCUAAGAGAUGGGAUAACUAAAUGUAAUUUGACUGAAAUGUAAUUUGGUCUCCUAACGGGCCCCUAGGGACCAUACGGUAGAGAUGAACCAAGCCUGGGCUUCCUCUGCUACUUGUGAUGGUGUGGGAGACUGAGUGAUGGAUAGAUAGGAUUUCUACUGUUUUCAUGAUUUUUCUAUAAAUCUAAAAUUAUCCUCAAAUGGAGUUUGUUAAAAAUUAAAGGCUUAGUCAAACAUUCAUAAACUAAAUGAAGAAGCAAUGAAAAUAAUUUCUCAACUUGAAUGAAAUAUUAUUUCAGAGGCAGAAAUGAAUUACUGGUAUCAUUGAGAAGUAUAUAUGACUUUGUGCACAGUAGUCCAGUUUCUGACUUUGUUCAGCAAGUGUUUUCAUUAUAAGACAAACCAAAUCAUUGAUCCUGAUCUCAAAACAUUAAAGAGAUAUUUUUGAUUUCUUAAA